AUGAUGUGUCUGCUUGUUGGUUUCAUAAUCAUCAUUUAUAUCUUCUAUCGUUUAUAUCAACACUUUUUUCCGACACCAAGCAUCAAUCCUGACGGAAAAUAUGUUCUUAUUAGUGGUUGUGAUACUGGAUUUGGUCAUAGUUUAGCUAUUGAACUUGAUAAACAAGGUUUUAAUGUUCUUGCUGGUGUUUUCGUUCCUGACAACAUUACUUCACUCAAAAAUAAACUUUCAUCAAAAGCUACAGUGUUUCAUCUCGAUAUUACUAAACAAGAAGACAUUGAUGAUGCAUUUCAAUUAGUCAAAGAAAAAACAAAAGUUUUACAUGGACUUGUUAAUAAUGCUGGUAUCUCUGUUAGUGGUUAUAUUGAUUGGAUGUCAAUAGAAGUUAUGCGUAAAGUAAUGGAUGUGAAUUACUUUGGACAUGUUGCGAUGACAAAGAAAUUUUUACCUUUACUUAUCGCCAAACGUGACGCACGUGUUAUUAAUAUUUGUUCUAUAGCUGGUUAUCUCGCUCCAGCAAGUGUAUCAGCUUAUUGUGCAUCAAAAUAUGCUCUUGAAUCAUUUUCGGAUUGUCUUCGUCGUGAAAUGGUUCCAUGGGGUUUACGUGUCAGUAUUAUUGAACCAGGAUUUAUGCGAACAUCUAUCCUUGAAGAAGUUAAUAAGUCAUUUUCAGAGUUUUGGAAUCAACUUCCUAGAGAUGUUCAAGACCGAUGGGGAGAAGAUUUCGUUAAAGCAAGGCUUGCUGCCUCAAGAGCCAGCUUAUUCUUGAAUCAUGCCGAAGAUCCUAUGAAAGUUGUACGAGCUCUUCAACAUGCUGUUACGAAUACAUUUCCUCAUAUUCGUUAUCGACCUGGUUGGCAAUCGAGUCUGGUUUUUUUUCCACUUUCUACAUUACCCGCUUGGUGUGUUGAUUGGUUUUUUAGUAAAUUAAGUAGAACAACUCAUGUUCCUGCCAGUGUUAACAAGCAACAUAAAGAUUGA